UGCUUUACCUUCCAUUCUCUUCCCACAGCAAUUACCAAACCCCAUCUCCCUUUCUCUCCACGAUUUCUUCACUCCCAGCCUAAAAUCAUGCUUGAAGAAUCCAUGUCAAUCUGGGCUUCUAUGAGUAGUUGGUUUACCCCAACUGUUCUAUUUGUGCUUCUCAAUCUUAUGAUUGGCACCAUUUUUAUUACUUCAAGCCUAGCCACCCACAAACCUAGUGACCAACAUCAAGAACAAGAAAGACAUGUUCAAGCACAAAAUGGUCAUGGUCUUGGUCUUGGUCUUGGUCAUGGCCACCAGCUUGCUAGAUCUCCUUCUGUACUACAAAGACUCAAAUCUAUCAACUUUUAUAGUUAUAGAUCCCAAGAACCUACAACCUUCACUUUUGAAAAACCUCAAGAAUCUGACCAGCAUUUCACUCUUCAUCAACAAACCCCUCAACAAGGUUAUCAAUACCACCAAAAUCAAAACCAGCCACCUAUUACUAGAUCUCCUUCAAUGUUGCAGAGGCUCAAGUCCAUCAACCUCUACAAUUACUUCUCCCAAGAACCCAUUAACCCCACCAUUACUAAUAACCACAAAGAUCAAGAAACUACGGCAGCCCAUUUCACUUCUCAACAAAUGUACGGCCACAUACAAGAACUUGAUGGACAGCUUCAAGAACAACAAGAGGAAGAGGAAGAGGAAGAGGAAGAUCAAGAACAGACUCUUGAAGAGAUAUACAGCAAGUUACAAGGAAAUAAACUGAGCAAAUCCAAGUCAGACACGAAACCAACUUCUGGUGAAGUACCCAAGAAGCUACCGAAGAAAAUGAAGAAAUCUGCAAGUGCAAAAUCUGCUUUUGCCCAUUUUGAAGAAGAUGACAUUGUUGAAUCUCGUAGGCCAGCUACCGUGAAAGAAGGGAAGACCUCUACUGAGUUUGAUGACACUGAAGUGGAUGCUAAAGCCGAUGAUUUCAUUAAUAGGUUCAAGCAGCAGUUGAAGUUGCAGAGGAUGAAUUCUAUUAUGAAGUACAAAGAGAUGAUUACUAGAGGGAGUUGAACUCAAAAUUGGUUUUGUUUUCUGGGGUUGGUUUUUAAUUUUUUGUUUUGUUUUGGGGGCUUUUGUUGAAAAUUUAGGAUUUUUAUUGUGUAGAUCAAUCAGAUCUCCACCUGAAAUUUACUUGCUUAAUUAAUUAAUAUUCCUGCUUGUCGACGUAUUUAUCCGCAA